CGCUCCGUGUGAGUGGCACUUGGCGCGGGCUGGCGUUCGGCGCUGGUGUUGGCGGGGCGCGGAGCAUCUCUGCAGGUCGGCUCGCCUCGGAACCAUGGCCACCGACUCCUGGGCGCUGGCGGUGGACGAGCAGGAAGCCGCUGUCAAGUCGAUGAGCAGUUUGCAGAUCAAGGAAGAGAAAGUCAAAGCAGACACCAAUGGUGUUAUCAAAACCAGCACCACUGCAGAAAAGACAGAGGAAGAGGAGAAAGAGGACAGAGCUGCUCAGUCUUUACUCAACAAGCUGAUCAGAAGCAAUCUUGUGGAUAACACCAACCAAGUAGAAGUCCUGCAGAGGGACCCAAACUCCCCGCUCUACUCAGUGAAGUCCUUCGAAGAGCUUCGCCUGAAACCACAGCUUCUCCAAGGAGUCUACGCCAUGGGCUUCAAUCGACCAUCCAAGAUCCAGGAGAAUGCUCUGCCCAUGAUGCUUGCUGAACCCCCACAGAACCUGAUUGCACAGUCCCAGUCUGGUACUGGGAAAACAGCUGCCUUUGUCCUAGCUAUGCUCAGCAGAGUGGAACCAGCGGACAGAUAUCCUCAGUGUUUGUGCCUGUCCCCAACAUAUGAGCUGGCAUUACAAACAGGAAAAGUGAUUGAGCAGAUGGGCAAGUUUCACCCAGAAUUGAAGCUAGCUUAUGCUGUUCGAGGCAAUAAAUUGGAGAGAGGUCAGAAGGUGAGUGAGCAGAUUGUCAUUGGCACCCCCGGGACCGUCCUGGACUGGUGCUCCAAGCUGAAGUUCAUUGACCCCAAGAAGAUCAAGGUGUUUGUUCUGGACGAGGCUGAUGUGAUGAUAGCGACUCAGGGCCACCAAGACCAGAGCAUCCGCAUCCAGAGGAUGCUGCCCAGAAACUGCCAGAUGCUGCUUUUCUCGGCCACCUUUGAAGACUCGGUGUGGAAGUUUGCCCAGAAGGUGGUCCCAGACCCCAACAUCAUCAAGCUGAAGCGCGAGGAGGAGACUCUGGACACCAUCAAACAGUACUACGUGCUCUGCAGUAACAGAGAGGAGAAGUUCCAGGCCCUGUGCAACCUGUAUGGGGCCAUCACCAUCGCCCAAGCCAUGAUCUUCUGCCAUACCCGCAAAACAGCUAGCUGGCUGGCAGCAGAGCUCUCAAAAGAGGGCCACCAGGUGGCCCUGCUGAGUGGAGAGAUGAUGGUGGAGCAGAGGGCUGCCGUGAUCGAGCGCUUCCGAGAAGGCAAAGAGAAGGUUCUGGUGACCACCAACGUGUGUGCCCGUGGUAUCGAUGUUGAACAGGUGUCUGUGGUCAUCAAUUUUGACCUCCCUGUGGACAAGGAUGGGAACCCAGACAAUGAGACCUACUUGCACCGCAUUGGGCGCACUGGCCGCUUUGGCAAGAGGGGUCUGGCAGUGAACAUGGUGGACAGCAAGCACAGCAUGAAUAUCCUCAACAGGAUCCAGGAGCAUUUUAAUAAGAAGAUAGAAAGAUUGGACACAGAUGAUUUGGAUGAGAUUGAGAAAAUAGCCAACUGAGGCGCUUCUCCAUGGGCUGGCGCCACCCUCAGCACUCCCUGCCUGGGAGUCUAGUGCUUUCAUGGCAUAGGCCUUGACAGGCCCCUCAGAGACCACGGGCUGAGUAGAGACUACCUACCUCAUUCGGAAUUACGUUUGGACUUGACAAAUUUGUGCAAAUAGUAUGGGGUAAUCUAAGAAAAUUUACAAUUUAGAAAAUAGCCCUGGCUUGGUGUGGUGGUGCACACUUUUGGUCCCAGCACUUGGAGGGUAGAGACAGGAGGAUCUCCGUGAAUUACAUGCCAGCCUGCUUUACUAAAUGAGUUCUAGGACAGCCAGAGCUAUGUAGUGAGCCCCUGUCUUGAGGAAAGAACUGAGUUCUCGGCACUAUUCCCCUUUAAAGCCAGUUUUCUCUUGUAUGGUAAUAUGGUUGCUAAUGCUUGGGCUGCAGGCCUUUAUGUACACUGGCUGGCUCCCUGUGUUUUGACCAAUCCUCAACCUUGAAUAAAUGAGAGGAAAAGGCAGUUCAGAGAGGUCAGGAGAGACACUGCUAUAGUUCACCUGCCUCUGAUAGAACCAGUAGAGACACUCUGUUCUCCAUUUACCCCCACUCAACCUCCCUCCCCCUGGUGUAACGCCUUGGUUAUGUCUCUAUUCUUCAGAUUGGCAGACAGAAUGGAAGUCAGCAAAUCACAAACUCGAGGGUCAUAGACAGUCCCAUUGAAGAUGGAGGUGUCUUUCCUCCUGUUCAACUAGUCUGUGCCUGGCUCCAUUGUUUGGUUCCAAUCCAUGGGAUUUCAUGCCACGUAGCAACUUAGAAAGGAAGUUAUGACCAAGCAAAAACUCUCAACUAUGCUAUUAGCAGAUUUAUGGGUUACUUCAUACAUUGUAUGAAUCAGAUUUGAUAAAUCAGUGAUAUCACAGCAUUCUCAGAAACUUUAAAGUAAUUAUGAGAAAUUUUGCUAAUCAUGAUUUGUUAUUUGUAUUUUUCUGCUUACUAGACUAAUAUAUGCUCAUUAAAAAUGUGUAUACGAA